GCAGACCACUUGGGGAUUGAAUUCAUGGAGAGUGAAGAAGUUUACCAAAGGCAGGUGCUUUCAAUUUCCUGUAUCAUCUUCGGGAUUGUCGUUGUAGGCAUGCUCUGUGCUGCAUUCUACUUCAAAAGCAAGAAACAAACUAAACAAAUCCAGGGGCAGUUGAAAGAAAUGCAGAGUGGUAAAAAAUACAGCCUCAAUGCCUCCAGCAUGAUGGUCAAAUCAGACAACAUGGCACAGAGCAGAGGCCAGCCGCAAAAUUAUUCAAAGACGGAAAGGCACCCAGGGCGAACCUUGGAGAAAAUGAUGGAAUCCAGUUUUACUGGCAAUCAACCUUUUCCAGAAGUUCAUUCUCCUGACAGAGGAAGCCAGUCCUUCAAACACCACAGGAGUCUUUCUUCAUGUUGUAGCCCAGGGCAACGGACUGGGAUGCUACAUAGGAAUGCUUUUCGAAGGACACCACCAUCUCCUCGAAAUCGACUCAACGGGAUUGCAGGACCAGCAUAUCAACAACUGGAAGAGGCAAGAAUUACAGAUCAAGACACAAUUCCUUGCCAAGGGUAUCCAUCCAGUGGAUUAAAAACACAACAAAAUACAACAAUAAAUAUGCAACUGCCUUCAAGAGAGACAAAACCCUAUUUUAAUAGCUUGGAUCAAAAGGACCUAGUGGGAUACUCAUCCACAAGGGCCAGUUCUGUUCCCAUCAUCCCUUCAGUAGGCUUAGAGGAAGCCUGCAUGCAAAUGCCAGGUAUUUCUGACAUCACAAGCCUCAAAUGGUGCAAAAACUCCUGUUCUGCUGAACUUGUCAAUGUGAGUGGUCCAGUCAGCAAUUGUCUUAUAGUAGAACAACAAGAAGUAAAAAUAUUGCUAGAAACUGUCCAGGAGCAGAUACGGAUUCUGACUGAUGCAAGAAGGUCAGAGGACUAUGAACUGGCCAGUGUUGAAACUGAGGACAGUGCAAGUGAAAACACAGCCUUUCUGCCCAUGAGCCCAGUGGCCAAAUCAGAAAGAGAGACACAAUUUGUCUUAAGAAAUGAAACACAAAGAGACUCAGCAUUGACCAAGUGACUUGGGAAAUAAGGAUCUGUGCAUUCAAUGCUUUGCUAAACAGGAAAGAGAGGAAAUUAAAUACAAAUUAUUUAUAUGCAUUAAUUUAAAAGCAUCUACUUAGAAGAAACCAAAUAGUCUAUCGCCCUCAUAUCAUAUAGUGUUUUUUAAGAAAAUAUUUUUUUAAAGGGAAAGAAACAUUUCAGGAGGGAUAAAGCUUACAUCAAAAGCUUUUUGGUAGGUUUCUGAAUACACUUUCAGUUAGUUUUAGCACUGUUCUCUUUGGCUCUUAGAAGGCUUGGGCUAUGCAUCAAAACCACUCUAAAAGUUCAGUGAUGGCCUUAGAUCCAUUUGGGGUUUCAAGGUUUAAAGGCAGAAUACUAUUCACUGAUCACAGACUCUUUACUGAACAGGUAAGUCCCUGAAGCUUUGCUGGAAUAUGCUCAAAUAUUUAAUUUCUCGUCCACCUAAUAGGCUCACUGCAGGUCCCACUGUGGCAACAAAUUUUAAUGUUUCCUAUCUGAUUUUGAAAUAAUGGCACAAAAAUACUAAACUCUGAAAUGGUCAGAAGCACAGGAGAUGCUGGCACCCUACAAAACUCUCCAUUCUACUAUGAGAGUGUACAUAUUUCAUAAGGUUUUAAAAGAGCUAAAUUUGACACUGGCAAAAACAGUCAGCCACCAUAAUUUAUCAUAAAACGUACUACUUAAAAAGUCAUCCUUUGAAGCUUUUGAUUUUCAAAGGAACACUUAUAGGGAUGUGUGUGUGUGUGUGUGUGUGUGUGUGUGUGUGUAGGUGUGCCUGCAUGUACUCACAUGAAACUGUGUGUAUGUGUGUGGGCUUUCUUUCCCCUAAUCUUUGAUAUAUAUAUUUUUUUCUUCUGAGAUAAGUCAGGGAAUCCAAUAUUCAGCCAAAUGUGUUUCCAUUCUAAAUCCAAAUUUUUUUUUUCAAUUUUUUGCAUUAUAUAUAAACUUAGUAAGUUCCUGGAGCUCUGGGCAUUCAAGAUGGGAUCCUCUUAAGGUUUUAAACAUUUCUCUGCCACUUUUUUUAAAAGGCAGAAAACAACAUUUCACCAGAAGACAUUACAUUAUGCACUGAACAAACCUAAAACUGUUUUUUUUUUAUUCUGAAUUACAUCUCUUCAUAUAAAAAGCCAGAUAGCCUUCUCAUCUUCUUUGUUUAAAUGACUGAUACUUAUUUUUUUUAAUCUAGUGUAUUCCAUAUAAACCAAGACAUUUGGCUUCUCUUAUUUGGAAGGGAGGGGCAAAUUACUAGAAUGAUGAAGACCAAAUUCAUAAAAUCACAUGGAACCCUUACUGGCCUAAUAAAUUGUGAUAUAGAUUCUUUUGAAAUAAAGCAAUAUUUUGAUGACUGUCAAGUCAACAUCAACAUUUUCUAAAGAUUUAUCUUUUCUUUUUCCUGUCAUAAGACAGUAAAAAAAAAAUAGUUUGUUCAUGAUUAUUUUUUUUAGCCACCUUGAUAGUUAUCAUUAAUCUACUGUUUCUGUGGCUACCAUCUUUAAUCAGUAUUUUCACUAAUAAAUAAAUAAAUGAAAUGGAAAGAAAUUGAAAGGAAAACAAAUUCUGAAGCAAAUCAGAGAAUAUUUGCUUAGAAAUUCAUAUUGUAGAUUAUCAUAACAUAAAAGAGCAAACCUGAAUACCAUAUAUUUUUCAUUGUGAAUUAAUUUAAUAUUGAAAAUGUAGUGGUGGAUUGUUAUCAAAGAAGAAAUGUCAGAAUUUAGCAAGGUGUUUCAAAAGUAAGAUUAGCUUAAUUCAAAUAGAGUAGAAAAGCAACAAAUUCUUAAUGUUUCACUGGAUUGUAAUAAGGCAUCUGAAUGAGGUGAAGGUGCUACUUUGUAUUCAAUAGAGCUCAUAUGAACUGCCUUUAUAAGUUAACUUGAUUGAACACAGAAGCAUUAAUGGUGAUAAUUUAACAGAGAUGUAUGUCCCUUUUAAAAUUCCAUACUUAAGUUUUAGAAACGUAAACUUCUAAGUGGUGUGUCCCAUUCCCCAUGGGACUUCUGUUGAAUGGAAGUUAGGAUUUUGCUAAUGUGUCCCCAUGUAGGCAGUACAAGUGAGUAUGUGAGAGCAAAUUAUCCAUAGAUGUGUCCACUAUAAUGGGAUCUAUUCCUCAACUACAUCUGUAAAGUGCUCAGCUAACUGGGAGAAGUUGUGUGAUGCAUAAUAAUUUAAUUUAAUAUCUUAGCUGUCUCAAAAAGACUGAAGCUAGCCAAUUAUAACCAAGGUUGGUUAUAGUUUUUCAAAUUUAUCUCUUUUAAACUUCUCUCAGUGAAUAAGUUAAAACAACCCCAUACUCAUUAAAUUAUCAAAUGAAAUCCCAUAUAGGCAUCAAAUUGUAUUUGUGCUAUUAAUCACACAAUAUGCUUCCAUAGAAAUUGUGACAUCACAGAAGUGGACAUAAUGGAGUUAUUAAUCUGGAGUCAUUAUCUGAAUAAUUAUCAAUUAAUUUUAAACAAAAUUUGUCUAGCAAUGUGUCUAUUUUAAUAAUAAUAAAAAUUUUAAUAGCUCACUCUGCCUAUUUUGGGAAAUAUCCCAUACCAAAAAUGUACAAGCAGAAAAUAUGUAUCCAUAUGUAUGAAUUUUAAAAGUUCUACCAUAAAAACACUUUAAAAGUCAUCUCAAACAGCAAAUACCUGGAGCUUGUCAGUACCUUGUCCUUAAAGCUCCUUUGCCUUUAGGCAAAUCUUUGUGAUUUAAUGACACUUUUGCUUUUUUUGAAAUGUCUUCUCCCCCCUUCUUUAUUAUGUGAACAAGAGGCCUCAGUUUAAUUGAAUUUGUUAAUCAUUCUCCAUUUCAAAAUGAAGUUUGCCUGUUUGUUGCAUUAUACUAAGGCACUUCUUUCUGUCCCUUCACUAAAAACAGAGGGAUUGCUAGGGAUUUGCCAGGAAUUGCUGAAAAAAUGUUAAUGCCAUUGAUGAAUGGGAGAUGGAGGGUCCUCUGGAGGAAGAACCGGGAAUGGAAGAUUAACAAGCAGAACUUGCAUUUUCUUGGGGAAGGGAGGUAUGGUGAGUUACAGUAUGUCUCCACGGGUGGUCAUCUCACCUAGCUUUGAAUUAAUAACUUGGCAUUUGCAAAUUAAUGAUAUAUUUAGUAUGUUUUCAUUAUCUUAAGUGACAAAAGGAAGAUGUGAACUGAAUAAAAUCAGUUUUUUGAGACUAUGAAUUUUGUGCUUAAUAAUUAUAAAAUCAACUUAAAAAAGAGAGAAAAAAAUUUAGUGUCCAACUCACUCAGCAAAAAUCCACAUUGUAUAGCAAUGGCCAUUUAAGGAUUCAGAUGAUUCAGACUGAUCUCACUGUAUCUGGACAAACCUUGGAAAAGUUGGACCAAAUGAACCUGGUAUAUGUAAAAUAGAUUGAAUUAGAAAACAAGGAGGAAGAAAGAAAACCAAAACCUUCCUUCUCUUCUUGUUAUUUGAAUGUUGUAAACAUCAUUCAUUUCAGUUUUAGUUACCAGUCAAGUCUAGCUUUUGAAAAGCUAGUGAUUAAGAUGGCAGAACUGUUAGUAUCAUGUGUCUUUCACAAUUGUCAACAAUGGUGGUUCCCUUCUAGUCAAGCCCUAAAGACAAGGAAAUAUUGCCCCAGAACAACUGUUGUUAAAUAAGUUUUCCAACUAAAUCUAUCCUAAAUAUAAGAAAUAGGGGUUUUUUGUUUGUUCUUUUGGAUAUGGGAAACCUAUAUUUUAUAUAUAAUGAACACUUUUGUAUUACUAUUCAAUUGUGUAAAUUCAGUAUAUGGUAUACAACUAUGGCAUGUCAACUGUGUUUGUACUGUAGUCAUAAGAAAUACAACCUUCAUUUAAUAGAGAGCCACAGGCAUCUGUGCUGUCCCCAUUAUUUAAUGCAUAUCAAUAUGCAGGAGGUCAUAGGCCUUUGAAUAAGCUUUAUCUCUUCCUCUUUACUUCUUACUUUCCCUUUUAAAGAAACAGUGAGGGUAGAGAGUACUCUAGAUUUAAGAACCCAAAUUAAACACUGUUUUUAUCUGACUUUCUGGAGUCUUCUUCUAAUUGUUAGUACAUUCCUAGCCCAAUUUGUCCUAAUUGUUCAAGGGUUUCCAACAUUUCAAAUAUUGUAUUCUCAACCAUGGGGGAGGGGAUGUUAUUUUUUGCUCCUGUUUCCAUUUCUCUCCCAAACAAUGCUGUUUAAUCUAGUUUCAAAGUGUUUGGGCAUUUGUCUUGUGUAUUUUGUUUGUUUAAACAAGCUUCAAUUUUCAGGUCUUUUCCCCUGCUAAACCACAAACAGUGACAAAGUGACAUGGAAUACCAAUGAUUUCAUAUUAAAUGAGAGGCGUGACCACUUGGAAAUGGUUGAAAUUAUUCCCACAUUUUUGAUCCUCUUCUUUCUUGGACAAGCAGAGCUAACAGUUGGUAGAAAGCUUGGGAUAACCCUGGGGUAAAAUCCCUGUUAGAUUUCCUCUUAGGAACUAAGAUGUAAAAUUUUGUGUGUAUGAUUGCUGUCCCUAAAGUGUAUAAUGGUCUCAAAUAUAUAUAUAUAUAUAUAUUUUUACACUCUUAACCAUAAUGUAUUUAAAAGGUGUCUAGAAAGUCACCUUUGAAUUCUGUUCCCCAGCUUGUUGAACUGGCUACCUGGUAGAAUGGGGACAAAAUGGGGAAAAUUCUGAGUUAGUGCCAAUCUUGGCUAAUACUUUUGGAAAUACUUGGAGAUCUGAUCAGACACAUCCUUGGCAAAAUGGAGGUCCUGCUUCUAGUCCAUUUGGUAACUCGUCAUAAAUUACUGUAUUGAUUGCAUGUGUAUUGUUGCCUAUGAAAGAAUUAAUUGUGUGAUAGCAAGCAAUCAGUGUUACUAUUUGUUUGGAAAAUAUUAGAAAACUAUCAUAAUGAAACUCAUUACCAACAAAAUAAUGUCCCACUUAUUUUCAGAGACCAAGUUCUUAUCUGAUAAAUGAGGGGGCCUAAUCUAGAUGACCUCUAAUUUCUUUUCCAACUCUAAAAUUAUAUGGUUCUAUUUCAGACCUAUACUAAACCUCACUUCUUUCCCUUCAAUUCCCCAUCCCCUAAAUUUCUAACAUAUCUUCACUUUGAUUCUUUUAUAGGACUGAGACAGAGAAAAAUGAGAGAAAGGUCACAUAGAUUAGUGGCUAACAGGAGAGAGGGCAUCAUUUAAAAUCAAAUUUUCUUUGAAAAGUUCAUUAGCCUCACUUCAAGAUUUUCACUAUAAUGACCAAUCUGAAGCUAGAAAAUUUGUUUAUUAUGGCAUUUGAAAUAUUUUUCUGCUUGUUUUUCAUACAACAAUUAGCAUUUUUUUUUCCAAUAAAAGGAAGAUAGCUGUUAUAGAUCAAACAAAAGAUAUCCUCUGUUGGAUACUUUAGGCACUCAAUCUCAAAUUUAAAUUACCUGUUUUCCAAUUUAAAAGCCCAAAUGCAUAGCUUCCUACAUAAAGUAACUUGUAUGGAGCACCAAAAUAUAAUAUUAUACCCAUAUUAAGGAAAGUAUUUCUAUCUGUUAAAUAUACUUAUAAGAUUAUGUACAUUUACCAUCAGAAGACAUGUCCUUAAAGAGACACCAUUGUCUCUCAAAGGCCAUUAACAGAAGUAAACUAAACACAAAGAGCAAAACAGAGCAUUAAUAUUUGUGUUUUUUUCCUUUUAUGUUUUACAUUGUAUACUCUACCAUAUUCUUCUAUCUAGUCAAAAUUGAACAACUCUGAAAUAAUGAAAUCCUUAAAAACCAUUGGAAAUAAUACAAUAAGAAAACCCAAUCUAUCUCUGGGUAAAAUUGUUUCUUAUUUAACAGAAUUGUAAAUUCAUUGAUUAGGCACUUCCUCCAAUGAUGCAGAUUGCAAAUCUUCCAUACCUAAUCGUCCUAUGUAAUUCUUGCCCAUGUCUUCCCAUUUAUCUUUCGCAGAAAACUUCCUCUAGAUAUCUUGACAUUACAGGCAAAGCAUCAUCAUAAUAUAUCAUUUGUUAAACAAUAUUUUGCUUUUGUUAAUAAUAUGUUGACUAGUAAGAACCCCAUUGGGGGCGGGGGGCUGGCAAAUAAGAAUAUAUCCUAGGACAACAAUUCAACAAUAUUCCAGUCAAUAAAAUGUAAAUUUAAAUGUAACCUCUCUUAAAUGGAUCAACAUAUGAAUAUGUUUUUUUUUUCUUGUGUGCAUUGUAUACAUGUGUAUGUUUACAUUAAAAAGAAUUGCAAAUGUAAGACUUGUAUGAAUGAACAAACAUAUUUCCCCCUCUCUGAUCAUGGCCUGGAUUAAGGGUCAUAAAGCAUUAUUUAAUUUUUGACAGUUUGUAAACCGUUUUAAUUCUAGAAGCAAGAAUUAAAAAAAAAUAUGACAGACUGAUCUUCUUAAGGAUCAUAAUGUACCAGUAUUACCCAUUUACAAUACCCAUGACCUUAUGCAGGUCAACAAACAUUAUUUCCUUCAUUAUCCCUUGAAACAAGGAAAAUAUUAAAGUAUUUUGACGUAAAUGGAUAUGAAAACUGAUGUUUACAAAUCAACUGAUAAAAACAAAUGUAUGUUUGCAAUUUUUUAGAAAAAAAAGUUAAAGUUAUCUGGGGGAAAAUCAAAUAAGGAAAAAUACUGAUCUUUGACAUUCCUUUUAAUUUAAUGGAAAUUGCUAUUUAACCAAAGGGACCAUUGCUACUCAACAUCACUCAAUGACACUCUCACUUGACAACAGUUCUCUAGGACUUGCUCAUGUAGGUUAGCAUUGUCUUUCUUAAAUAAGCCCAAAUGUAUUAUCCUCAUGUUAUAUGUUAAAAUCCAAUGUUCUAAACUUGUUUUGCAUAUUUAUAUUUUUUCCCAUACUCAUCACUGAAGAUAUUUCAUGUCUGCUAAGACAUUGAGGGUUAAGUGCUGUUACCCAGCAAAUGCAUGAAAGAAGAUUAAAAAAAAAAAAAAAAAAAAACAGAAGUCAACACUUGAGUCUUACUUAUGCACAGGAUGUUUCAGCCAAUUCUCCUGAAAAAUAAAUGGUUUGACAAGUAUACACAUGCACACACACACACACACACAAACACACACACACACACACAUAUUCAUUUGAACUGUAACUGAUUAAAUAAUAUAAACAUCUCUGAAAGAAGGUAACUUAGAUAAGUUAAUACCAUGGUUUUGACAUAUGUGGAUUUUAAUUUAGAAAAAAAUUAUUGGACCUUCCCCACAUGUUCAAAUAUAAGAUUAACAGUAUUAAAAUCAAGGAUAGUCCAUCAUGAUACUUCCACUAAACACCAAUGCAUUUGAUUUCUAUCUUUUAAUGAUGAAUGUAAACCACACCCAGUAAAAUAGAUUAGGGAGUAGGUAGAUCUAUAUAUUUCCAUCUGGUGAACAGUGGAAUGAAUAAGGGAAAGAGGAUUGGCUUUAGAGUCAGCUGGCUAGGAUUCAAAUCUUAGCUCUAGUAAUUACUUACUAAUUGUGUGUCCAUUCUAAGCCUUGGUUUUCUCAUUUAUAAAUGAGGAUGAUAAUGCUGACACUACCUACCUCACAGGGUUGUUGUGAGGAAAGUGCUUUGUAAACUCAAAAGCAUUACACUUGUGAGUUAAUAAUAACUGUCAUUAUUCACUUUAAUUUCACUUUUGUUUUUGUUCUGUAAAGAAACAUACCUAGUGCCUAAGAUGAAGAUUGUUUUUCAAGGAGACUUCAAUGCGUUUCAUUUUUCUCCUCUUUCAAGAAAUGAUUUGAAAAUGAAAUCCACUCUUCUGUUGGCAAUGGUUAUCGGAAACAACUUUGAAAAAUAUGUCACUCCACAUCUGAGCAAAUGUUGCGUUCCAUUAUGUUCGGACUCCAUUUUUGGGCGGAGAUGUACAUUCCUGUUCAUGAUUUUAAAGGAAAGAAAUAAGAACUGAUUUUAAUAAUCAA